UAAAUUUCGCUUAAAAUCUUUUCAAAAAUGUCUAGUAUUUUUAACUUGUUGCAAAUAUUAGAUGCCACUGGAAUAUCUCUUGAAAAUCCCUGAAAAAGGGAAAUAUUAAAAAAAAUCCGUAACAAUGCGUUACUUUUAAGAAGCAACAUUGUAUGAAAGUGAUAAAGCGAAAAUAAAUAAAAACGGAUUUAAAUUGUGUGCAAAUGUUGACAUGGUGGAGCAAAAUGGAGACGAAAAAUAUCGUUGUUGGAGACAAGUUCCGUUUUCAUUAGUUUCGUUGCCAUCAUAAGGUGUGGACGUGUGAAGUUAGUUCACUCUGCGCUGAUACAUUUUCCAGCGCAAAAUAUCGGGACAGGGCAAUAGCAUUUCUUGUCCGCUGCGUGCCUCGCGAGAUUUACAUCAAUUCAUAAAGUGGAUAACAAACGAAACAAAAAAUUCCCGUAUGUUUAGGUUAAAGUAAAAUAGUAAUUAAAAAUUAUACUUACAAGGUUUUUAAAUAAAUAGUGAAUAAUAAUAAAAAGAAUAUAAAGGUGAAGAAGUGAUUUGUGCGAAUCUUAGAGAUUACCAUAAUAAGCAACCAUCAUAAAUAUGAAAUAAAAUACAUAUGUAUGUAUAUGUGUACAUAUGUAUGUGCACUCCACAAGGGAAUCUGAAAAAAAGAAUAGGCAAUCCAAAGUAAAUUAUUGGUAUUGAGCUGUAAUAAGAAUUUUUUAAUGUGAUAUACAUAUGUACACACAUAACUUCAAUAUGAAAUCACACAUAUGAAUAAAAAAUAUAUGCAAAAACGAUAAUGAUAGUGAAAUAUAAAAACAGAUGGACAGGAUGACAGUAAUAAUUAAGAAAGAACGCUAGAAAACGUGAUUUGUGAGUGUGUAAUCUGAAUAUAGCUAAAUAAAUACGGAGGCGAUGUCCGAAACGGGGUCGCCGGGCAAAACUCAGAAAGGUGGACAGCAGCAGCGUCGCCAAUUGCGCGAACGUAAGCAACGAAAGCUGUAUCUCGAAGAAUGGGCACUCGGGGAUGAUGAUUUGGAGGGAACACGAGGGUUCAGCGUUUCAGAAAAAUUGGAAUCUUCUAAGUUUGCACAAACUGGUAUGGUUCGAGAGAUGCGUGGCAGUGAUUUGAGUGUGGCUUUUCUUCAACAAUAUGGCUUUAAUAUUCCAUUGUUGUUUCGUGAAAAGACGGGUUUAGGACUGCGGAUGCCCGACUCUAACGAAUUUACCAUAAACGACGUACGUCUGUGCGUUGGUUCCCGUCGUGUUUUGGACGUGAUGGAUGUGAACACUCAAAAGAACUUACAAAUGACAAUGAAAGAGUGGCAACAGUAUUAUGACAAUCCACAAAAGGAUCGACUCCUUAAUGUAAUUUCACUAGAAUUUUCUCAUACGCGUUUAGACAAUUAUGUACAAUGUCCAGAAAUUGUUCGUCAAAUCGAUUGGGUGGACGUAGUAUGGCCUAAACGUCUCAAGGACUCACAAAGAGAAGGUACCAAUGUGUUGGGGGAAAUGAUGUACCCAAAAGUACAAAAGUACUGUCUUAUGUCAGUGAAAAAUUGUUAUACUGAUUUUCAUAUUGACUUUGGCGGUACUUCGGUUUGGUACCAUAUUUUAAAGGGUAGUAAAGUGUUUUGGCUGAUACCACCAACAGAAAAAAACUUACAAUUAUAUGAGAAGUGGGUAUUAUCUGGAAAGCAGGCGGACGUUUUCUUUGGUGAUACAGUGGAAAAGUGUGCUCGAGUAUACUUAACAGCUGGGAACACUUUCUUUAUACCCACUGGUUGGAUACAUGCUGUAUACACGCCAACAGACACACUGGUGUUUGGCGGUAACUUCUUACAUUCCUUUGGUAUAGUUAAGCAACUUAAGACCGCGCAGGUGGAAGAUGCUACUAAAGUACCACAGAAAUUCCGAUAUCCUUUCUUCACCGAAAUGCUGUGGUAUGUCCUAGCACGAUACGUAUAUACACUACUGGGCCACUCGCAUUUGGAGGGUGAAUCUUCAGUAAGUGAGGAGGAAAUGUCUAAACGAGGACAUGUGCAUCUCACACACUAUGAACUUUUUGGUCUAAAGGAGAUUGUCAUGUAUCUGUAUGAUUUGCCACCCCAAAAGAAAAAUGUACCCGAAUUGGUGCGGGAUCCAGUGGCAUUGAUCAAAGAUGUGCGCACGUUGGUAGAGCGACAUUGCAAGGACAAGCCGGAGCUGGCCAUAACGGGUGAAUCUGUAUUGAAACCGCCCGGUCAGAUGCACCCUACGUUUCAGGUGUACGAUCGUACGGUUGUAAAGCAGGAAAUCAAAGCGGAAAUCGCACGUAAAAACGCUGAAAUCAUACGCGAACAACAACAGUUAGAUGCAGCGAAUGCCGCAAAUGUCGCAGAAAAUAUAUCGCUCGACCAUGAUAUACAAAAUAAUGAAGAUACAAAUUCAAAAACGAAUAUUGUUCCCAUAACAAAUGUGGUUGAUAAAGGUGGUGUCAUCGUAAAGGAAUAUAAAAAUGAGCCUAUAGAGAAUGGUGCCCAACAGACGGCUACAUUCAUUUCACCCACGGAUAGUCUUAAGUAUCGCCCUCCGAAGAAGAUGCACCUCGCAAAUGCUGUUGCUGCAGCGGCACAUCAGGCCAACAACACUGUCAGUGUUAUCGCAUCUUGCUCAAGUUAUAAUUCAGCUUCAACGGCAACAACGACCAUUUCAACUGGAACAACGGUUGCUGUAUCCAACCAAACACAAAAUAAUUCACAUGCACAGCCACUUACACAUAACACAAAUGCCGUUAACACUACCGAAAAUUCUUGUCUUUCGCCGAACGAUUCAAAGUUGUCGCCAAAUGUCACCGGUACUGGUCAACCGCGUCGACGGCGAACGCGCUGUAAAGUCUGCGCUGCUUGCCAGCGUUCCGACUGUGGGGAAUGCAGUUUCUGUUUGGAUAUGGUGAAAUUCGGUGGACCUGGACGCGCUAAGCAAACUUGUAUGAUGCGUCAGUGUCUCUCGCCCAUGUUGCCGGUGACAGCACAGUGCUUCGUGUGUCAUUUGGACGGCUGGCGCCAAGUACCCGUGUCCCCGCAAACUAAGCAGCUGGCUUCACUCGAGGGACCUUCGACGCUAAUGGAGUGUUCGGUGUGUUAUGAAAUUGCGCAUUCUGACUGCGCGAGGUCGUUAUUAGACGGCACCGAAGAUGCAGCAGACGCUAAAGGUGUAGUAAAUGAAGACCUACCAAAUAGUUGGGAAUGCCCAAGUUGUUGCCGAUCUGGAAAAAAUAAUGACUAUAAGCCUCGUCACUUCCGUGCCCGCCAAAAGUCUUCGGAGGUACGACGCACAUCAGUUGGUGGCUCAAAUAUCAUUACAGCCGGUCACGAUCACGACAGCAACCAAUUGCCACCGCCAAUUGGGCAAUACAAUGACUUCGUUUUCACAAGCGAAUCGGAAAUGGAAAGCUGCUCUGCCAAUGCUGUACACUGGAAGAAUGUUGCGAAGCGCCAUCACCAUCAAAUUGAAGUAAAGACAGAACGCCAUUAUGAUACUUCUUCGCCGGGUAUCUCGCCCCAUGCAGCAAGCGAUCGCAUUAAGAGACGUAAGAGUGACGAUGGCUUAAGCUUAUGUAGCAGCAUGCAGGACAGUAUUGAUGCGGGUGCUUCCAUGGAUUGUCAUGUGGGCGUUGGAAACGGUGGUAUUGUUAGUGGCAGUAAUGGUACACAAAUGUUGCGAAAGAAGAAUUCAAUACGAUCACAGUUGGCUCAACAAAUGCUCAACUCUUCAACGCGAGUUCUCAAAAAGCCACAUUAUGUAGUGCGACCAGCUGGACAUUUAUCAACAAGUGGUAGCGGCUUGUCGGGUAGUCAUAUUGGAGGCGCAAAUUUAGCGCUCGAUCCAACAUUGUUGAAAAUCAUGUUUCGCUACCUGCCCCAAGAAACGCUAGUCACUUGCUCUUCGGUCUGUAAGGUGUGGUCGAAUGUGUCUGUGGAUCCUGAUCUCUGGAAGACAAUGAACUGUGCAGAGCACAAAUUAUCUGCUUCACUGUUGACAGCUAUCGUUCGCCGACAGCCAGAGCACUUAAUACUCGACUGGACACAGAUAGCCAAAAGGCAAUUGGCUUGGGUGAUUGCACGCCUGCCUGCUCUUAAACACUUGUCGCUACAAAAUUGUCCCAUUCAGGCAGUGCCAGCUCUACACACUUGCCUUUGCCCGCCAUUACAAAUAUUGGAUCUCAGUUUUGUGCGUGGUCUCAAUGAUGCAGCCAUACGCGAUAUACUGUCGCCGCCCAAGGACUCGCGACCUGGCCUGGCAGAUUCAAAAACGCGCUUACGUGAUCUUAAAACUCUCAAACUGGCCGGUACCGAUAUAACUGAUGUGGCAUUGCGCUAUAUAACGCAAGCAUUGCCGAAUCUAGUUCACCUUGAUCUUUCAUCAUGUCAGCGCAUAACUGAUGCCGGUGUGGCACAAAUUGGCACAUCGCCGACUGCCAUCGGUAAAUUGGUCGAAUUAAAUUUAAGCGCGUGUCGAUUGGUCUCCGAGUUUUCUUUGGAACAUCUCGCUAAAUGCGAGCAAUUGAUUUGGUUGGACUUGCGGCACGUGCCGUUGGUACCAACGCAGGCGGUGAUAAAAUUUGCAGCCGAAUCUAAACACGAUCUCUGCGUGAAGGAUAUAAAAUUGGUGGAGAAACGGCGACCACAGAAAGCGACACAGGUGACAACGUCCUCAAGCUUAGGCGGAAUGGGUUCAGUAAGCAGUUGGAAUGACUAAAAAUAUAUUAGGAAUAGAACCAAAAACUUAGUUGGAUAGUUAAUAAUCGAAAUUAGAUUUCGAUAAAUUAUUGAAAUGCAUAAAAUUAUUAUAAGAGUGCAGUACAAAAAAAAUAUAUAUGUACGCAUGCAGCAAAGCUGGAAAACAUUUCUUACUACGCUAUGUGUAUUUGUGUAGGUAUAAUGCAGAGCUAGCAGGAGCAUGUAUUAACUAAUCAGUACAGUAUAAAUGAAAUAUUAAACUUAACUCACGAUUUUAAAGUGUUUGAAGAAAUCACGCAUGAAACCAGUUAUAGAAUAUAACAAUAAUGGAAACACAACAUAAAUUUUAAAAUUGUAUAUAAUUUGCAAACGCAUUAUAAGUGUAAACUGUAUCUUUUGUUACCGAAUAUCUACAAUACCAUUCAAUAAUUGUGCAGUAUGACUGUCCUAGAUCGUAUAUAAAAAAUAAAGUUUAUUGUGAAUAUGAAGAAACCUAAUCUAAUUUGAACCAAGUCAGCUAUAAUGGCGAUAGGAUUUAUUACAAUAACUUGCACUCACCAAGACCGCUUCAACAUUUUCAUAUCUUCAACUAACACUACCCACUUUAAUUUUUUUUUUUCAAAUAUGUAAAAUUGUAAUCAGCAGAAGAAGAACCCAAAAAGGUCAAAUAAAAAUGCAUAUAUAUAUUUCCCUGCAUAGCUCCAAAUAUACAUCAAAUUAACGUUUGAAGAACUACAUAUAUCAAAAAUGCAAUUAGUGCACAUAAGCAAUAUGAAAUGUCGUAAUUGACAUAUGUAUGUAUGUAUGUAUGGUAUACAUGUGCAUACGUAUGGUAUUGGUAAAUUUGUUUUAAAAAAUGAUAGAUACUUACAUACAAAAAUAAUAUCAUUCUUCAUAUGGUUUAUCAAGCUUUGUAAGAAGCUUGAAUGAAAACUUUUAAUUGUAUGUAGAUGUGUAUUCUAACAUUAAGCUUUUAUAAAAUAUAAAUAGUAUUAAGCUAAAGUAUAAGCGCUCAUGUUAAAGCAAAUUUGCAUACUUAUGUAUGUAUGUAUGUAUGUAUGCACAUAUACAUAUAUAAGCCUUGUAAGCUCACAAAGGCAAUUUUAAGGGGGGGUAAGGUUAAUUCGUGUAAAACAAGGACUAUUUUUUGAUUUGUUCUUUAUUUCUGAUGAAACAAUGAUAUUCUGUUACACCUUCAUGAACAAAUAUUAGAAAAUGAGGCAAUCAUCUUGAAAAACAGUUGGAUUGCGGCACCCUCGAACCUUGGUACUGGAUCAUCUGAAAUUAAAAAAUGAAAAUUAUAUCGUUAGAUAAUGACUUUUAAAAAAAAAAUAUUAACAAUAGCUUUCCAACGAUCGUGUUCACAAUUUCAAAACGAUCGGAGCAGUGGGUGAACUUUAGAAACGUGUGUUCUGGAAAAAACGCUUUAACCAUUUGAACACUGAUAUAAAACUUCCAUAAGACAGGUUACAAAUGGUCGAAUAAUUCGUGAGUUUUGCUCGAAAAAAAAUUAUAACCUUCCUCCCCCUUAAGUACCUUGGGAUAGUUAAAAUUAUACACACUUGUUCACGCUUAAAUUCAUAUUCCGAUGACUUAUCAUCAACGCUUUUAGUUAACCGAUAACGUUGCUAAUAUUACGGAGUUUGUGUCGCAAAUAAUGCAACAAUUAACCCCACACUAUAAGAUUACUUACAUACUUGGUAUGACAUUUUAAAAUGAAACUUAAGUGGUUGCCUGAGAAUACAAACAACAACAAGAGACUAUUCCAUUGGAAAAGCUUGCGUAAUGGAUAUGAAUUUUGUUUUCGUUUUCCGUUAUCGAUUUCCUUGUUUGUACAUACAUGCGUACAUAUGUAUGUAUGUAUGUACUUGCGAAACAUUUUCAUUACAAUCAUAGAUACAUACGUAAUGCGCAUUACAACAAACUCUUACUAAUAAAUUCAAUCCAUUGUGCAUACAUACGUAUGUGUGCAUGCAUGUAUAUGUAUGUGUAUUCCACAAGUGAAUGCAAUAUUAACAAAUUAAAUUAUAUAAGUAUGCGCAUAUUUUUAAAUAUUUAAAUAGACAUACGCUAAUUUUUGUAUAAACACACACACAUUGAAAUUUUAAGUCUAGUUAUAGCACAUAAGUACAUAUAUUUGAAAUGGGCACGUUUAAGCGUGUUACACAACCGCAAUUACAUACAUAUAAUAUGUAAAUAUGUAUAUUUAAAAAAAAAUGUAUAAAAUUAUAAUUCAAAUUUAUUGUUUUGCAAUAAAUAUGAUACAUAAAUUCUAUUUAAAGACAA